GAGGGGUGGGGUGCUCUAGGGAGCGGGGAUGAGUCUAGUGGGCGGCUUCCCCCACCACCCGGUGGUGCACCAUGAGGGUUACCCUUUCGCUGCCGCCGCCGCCGCCGCUGCCGCCGCCGCCACACGCUGCGGCCACGAGGAGAACCCCUACUUCCACGGCUGGCUCAUCAGCAGUCACCCGGAGAUGUCCCCCCCCGACUACAGCAUGGCUCUAUCCUACAGUCCCGAGUACGCCAACGGGGCGCCGGGCAUGGACCACUCCCAUUACGGAGGGGUGCCGCCCGGGAACGGCCCGCCAGGGCUCGGGGGGCCCCGGCCGGUGAAACGCAGGGGCACGGCGAACCGCAAGGAGCGGCGCAGGACUCAGAGCAUCAACAGCGCCUUCGCGGAGCUGAGGGAGUGCAUCCCCAACGUGCCCGCCGACACUAAGCUCUCCAAGAUCAAAACCCUCCGUCUGGCCACCAGCUACAUCGCCUACCUCAUGGACCUGCUGGCGAAGGACGACCAGAACGGGGAGGCGGAGGCCUUCAAGGCAGAGAUCAAGAAGACAGACGUGAAGGAAGAGAAGAGGAAGAAGGAGCUGAACGAAAUCUUGAAAAGCACAGUUAGCAGCAACGAUAAGAAAACCAAAGGGAGGACUGGCUGGCCGCAGCAUGUCUGGGCUUUGGAGCUCAAGCAGUGAGCACGACAGGACUGGAGGAGCCGUCCUCUUAGUCUCGGUAGUGAGCUCUUCUCUGAGGACUCUUUGUAUUUGGAAUCGUCCAGUUUAUUUAUGUGCAAUUUCUCCCCCAACCCCCCCCAAAAUGUGGAUAUUUGAAGGAGAGGGAAAAAGCAUUCCAUAUAUGAAGAGGAAACUCCAGCUUGGUAAGGGGUAAUGUCUCUAAAUGUUUCGUGAAUGUUAUUUGCUCUGUAUAAAACAUAUGGGGAAAACAGAACCAUAGAAAAGGAAAAAAAAAUCCCUCCCUGGCAUUAGUGUGUAUGUGAAGUGUAUCUUUAAUACUUGGCCUUUUGGAUAUAAAUAUUCAUGGGAUUAUAAAGCUAUAUUUCAACAGAAACAGUUGCACCAAUGUUUCGAUUGACUCGGUAUUUAGUGUUGUAAUUUUGUUGUGGUCGUUCAGUAUUUGAAGAUGUUUUCAACAGUUACUGGGUAUGUGCACUUCCGUCCGUAAGGGGAAAAGUGGAAUCUAAUUAAUAUUGAAGGUGUAAACGUUGUAAGUACUCAAUAAACCACUGUGUGUGUUUUUUACAAAACAAAAGGAAAAAAAAAGAAAAAGAAAAAAAAAAAAAGAAAAUCCAAAUCUUUUUAUGUUUUAUACCUCAAAAUGUUUUGAAUAACAGCGUUGUUUAUGGCUUUUUUUUUUCAUAAUAUUUAAAAUAUUCGGAAGUAAACUAAAUUAUAAAGAUGGCUCCUAAGUUUAUUUUUAAACAAAUGACUGAGUGAAAGGAGGGGUAGAGGGAGGGAUCUCUCAGCCCCGUGAGUGUUGAACAGAAACCGGCAGUUCAGCUGAGUAGGAAUUCCUUGUGGUGGUGUUCUCCAUGCAGGAGACCUACUGCGAACGGGAAAUGGACAAGGGUGCAAAGCCCGGGCGGGUCAGGAAUAGCAGAGAUGCGCGGUUUUCUUGCCGCCGGAGCCCGGGCGGCGGCGGUGCCAGGCGCGGGCCCGGAGCGGGGGAGGACCGCGGGGGCGGCUUCCCAGAGAGAGGCCGGAGGCAGGCGAGAGAGGCCGGCGGGCUUUUCUCGGAGUGAUUAUGUAGCAGGUAAUUUUACGUCAAGGAAUAAAGAGCGAACAAGGCAAGGGAUUUGCGGAGGCGUACGGGGGGAGGAGGUGAUGGUGUUGUAGGGAAUAUGUAAGAUUUACAAUGAGCUAUGGUGAACUUAAUAUUAACUUUGUGGUUCCUAAAACUCUCCUGGGUUGCACGUUUCCAGUACGCUACAGCGUACAGAGAGUACAGGGUUUUUUUAACCUUUUUUAUCUAACUGCAAACUGCAGCAGCCCAUGCUCUGGCUCUACUUAGUAGGUUCACUGCUUUCUCAACAGGAUCUCUCUUCCUUUAUAUCUCUCUCCCUGUCUAUAGACUCCUUUACAAGGGUCCCGUUCCUAGGUCUACAAGUUUUCUGCUCCCCAGUACCAGGGCGAGCUGCAGACAUUCAGAGCUGGAAAAUGUGUGGCUUGCUUCUGUAUCAUAGGCAGGCAAGGGAAAAAUUAAAAGGUUUUCAAAUAAGGAAGCUGCUCUAGGUAUUUUUGGCCAUUCCUGGUUAAGCAUAAAGUUUUCCACCUUUUCCAUAAUGAAAUUCGGGCUCGUAUUUUAAAUCAUCUCAAUUUAAACCAAGCUGGCUCUCUCUUCAGGUCCAAGGCUUCAUACCUGCCUGCCUUCCUGUACUGCCGCGCCUAAGGAAGUGGUUCCCGACGAGAUCUGGCGUAAGCGUAGGUAGAUGUGCAAUUGCCCAUAAAAAGAUAAGGGAGCCCUUGCGCCGUUCAGUCGCCCCUGCUGACAGUGGGGAGGUUGCGGGGUUACAACAACCGGACAAAAGUGAUGUGCCCUCCCUCCCGUCGGGUCAGGCAGCCCGGCUCUGCUCUUCGGCGUGGGUCUGUGUUUACAGGCACUUGCCUCUGUUUAUAACACUUGGAGAGAAGAAUCUCCCCCCUUGUUUGCUUUUACUUGCCUAUUAGCUGUCCAGCUGAUGAACUGGAGCUUCUCGCACUCCCCAUUCUCUGCUCAAACAACUAUUGUUUUUUUCUUUAUAGCGGUACACGAAAGAAUAAAAGGGGAGAGGGGUGGCUGCGAAUGCUGCGGUGCGGCAGGUUCCAGGCAGCCUCUCUGCAGAUGCUGUGUCUUCCCUUCACCGAGUUACCAGGCUACAAUUCCCCCGGGGAAUGCGCGGUAGGGCCGGGGGCUAGCGGGCCGCUCCGAUAUGCAAUCUCCGAAUCGCCUGUCCGAUAUUUCCCCCUCAAUAAUUUUCCAUUUUUAAAACGUCAGAUUAUCAGAACCGUGAGCUCCUCUGGAUCCACUACGGACUACCUCUUUUAAUUGCUCACUAACGAGGAUGUUGCUAUUUUCUCAGGAGCAGCCAUUCCCGCAGCUAAAUCACAAGAGCCCUAGACAGGCCGGAGCCGACAAAAAUGUAGGGUUUGACGUUAAAAGCUAAAUGGGGAAGUAGAAGGUAAAUUGAUGGUAGAUGGGGAUGUCAGUGCCCUGGCCUCAGCUCUUCGCCGGCGGAGCCGAGGCCUGAUAACAGUGGAGCGCUGCGCCCCGCUCCCUGCCCGCACCCGGGGGCAUCACCGUCCCGUCGACUUGUCCGGUAAUUCCUCGGGGCCAAAAUAUUUUUAGGAGCUUUUACCGAGGUGAAAGGCACGUAGGAGGAGGGACGGUAGCCUUUCCCACUCUGCAACUUUUCUGUGCGGGUGCGGGGAGGAAGAGAGAGGGGAGAGCAGAGAACCGGUGGAGAGCAGAUGGGUCACUGAAGCCCUGUCACUGCAGACGGAUUCAUGGACCCAUGAAUGGCCUCGUUUCAUGGCUGAGGGAGAGAUCCUCUGCUCGGUCUCAAGCAACAUAGCAUUUUAAUUUUUUUCUUCCCCUUGAAGAGGAACAGCGACAAACCUCCCUGGGGUGACAUCCUUCUUCCCCUGCCCUCCCAGGGACCGAUCCCUCGGUUUCCCCGGGAUGCGGGCCCGGUUACAUGCCCGAAACAGAGCGGUUGCCUCCUCGCAAGGAGGCAAGGACCUCCCUAGCGGCGGCGUGAGUCCCCGGGAGCCCCGAGGGUGUUCGAUUCAGGCAGACAGAAGCAUGGGUUUUAAGAGCUCCUCCUGGUUUUGGGAAACGUUGACGCAGCAAGGGACCGGCCCUGUACCCCGCCGCUGGCAGCAAGCCCAUCGGCAACGGGCAGUACUGAGUUUUGGGGGAUUUUCAGCAAUGUGCGGGACCCCUAUAGGACCUCGUUGCUAUCGAGUGUGGAUGCCAUGCCUGCAUUCCUGCAGGCAAGGGAGAUAAACGGUGGUGGGGCUUUUUUUUUUUUUCCCUUUCGUUUUGCUUUUUAUUGUGGGGAAUUUGGGUUUUUUUCCCCACCCCCACUCCCCCAUCGUUCCCAGGAGCUCUUGUCUAAGUCAAAAGAUUAUUGCAACAAUUAGUGCUUAUUUGCUAUCGUUGUCAAAAAGGUGUAACGGGGCCUCUUUGGUCAAGCCGCAGACACCCCCAGAACGAGCGCCGGGACAUACGCGGUCAAAUAUAGGGAUAUAAACACGACCAGGGGAUGCCGUGGAGACAGCAUGAGCUUGAAAGGUGGGCGGGGAGGGGGGGAGAGAAGGAUAAUAAUAAAAUCUCUAAGCAAAAUAUCCUCUUUUUGCGCUUGGAAACCCAACCUUAAUCCUUUUUCACACGUACUCGCCCGGCGACUCACAAACACACAGAAGAAACCUCCAAGCAGCGAUGGGAAGGAAACGCAUUCUGCACGCUUACAGACAUAAUCCCCUCUGCUGUAACGAGAGGCUUAUCGAUGUUUUACGUAUUUUUAAUUUUGGAAAUUUUUUUUCGGUGGGCCAUGAAAUACGUGCCUUUGCAAACCAGCUACAAUCUUUCCUAUUUCUAAUUGGCCAAUUACUGUUCGGCUGUUUCAGCUUGUCACAAUGGAGAGUAAAGCAGAGUUGUUAUCUGAAUUAUACAUUCACAUAAAUUCUAGCAAAGCCGGGUGAUGCGCAGGGCCAGCGGCUCUCUGGCGUAUCCCGCGCCUCCCUCUCCACCUUCCAAACCAGCGCAGUGUGUGUCUCCUUCUUCCACAGCUUUCCCUCCCCCAACCCCAUUUGCCUCUAGAAAUACCAUUGCUUUGAUGAUGCGAUUUUAGAGCAUUGAUUACAAAUUUAUUCUCAGACACUAUAUAAGUCUUUAUAUCUGCUAUUAGAGACAUCUGGGAAUGAUUAGAGCCGUCCCUCCCCCGGCUCUGCUCCCUCUAUCUUGCAGCGAGGAGCUAGAGACAUGUUGACGUCAGAUCAGACGGCUCGGAGCCAUCCUGCUCUCCACUUGGGUGUAAUCACGGCGACGCUUUCCAAGCCCCGGCCCGGCCGCGGCCGCCAGCUGGGAUGCGGGUGCAGCGGGACGCGACACUCCCGCCCCGGGGCUCCUCGGCCCAGCCCAAUUUCGAGCCCCCGAAUUCUCCGGCACUUCUAGAGUUUGCCGCCGAGGUUGUUUGUUUAUUUAUCUGUUUGAGACUUUGAGAAAGCAAAAGCGGUGCAUUCCGCGGGCGGUGUUAUUCCUCCACCUCCCCCCCCAGCCCCCCCCCCCCCAAAUCCCAGCCCAGCUCUUGCUUUAUCUCAGCUCGAUUUCUCCCGGCGCAUUCGCUCACAGCGCUGUCUUCCAAAAUAAAUAUCGAACCAGGCAGAUUUCCACCUUAUGUCUUGGCAGGGAGAAAUUAGCCAAACAAAGUGCAACGCUUUCGUGCGGGCAGUCGCAGGCGCGCCGACACCCCGCUAUCCAAAGUGGUAGUCAGGUUUACAACAAGCCGGGAGAGUUGGAGGCUGCUCUAAAACAAGACGAUUCCCUACCCAAACGGCAGUGCUGCUGGCGAGGAGAUGGCUUUGCACCUGCUAUUAAAUCCUAAUGAAUUGCCUCUAAUUGAGAUCUGGGGCUGGCUGAUGGUAACGCCGAGCAGCCAGUUUGGAAGCCCUGGCUCGAGGGGCUCCGAGACUAAGUUUGCUACUCUUAUUUUCACAAACUUUUAACUUUACGGUUUUUUUAUGUGUCCUACCACUCUUUAUUUUUUUUCCCCUUAGGAGAUAAAAAAUAAUAAUUGAAUAAAUACAACUUAAGCCUCGGCUGGCUGUUAGCACUCUUGGACGGCUGACACUUGUUCAGCUGUACAUUACAAUCAAUGCUACUACCAGGAAGGAGCGGGCGGGGGUGUGGGGGUGGUGUGUGGAUGAGAAAGCAGUUGAUUUAGUCUCCAGAGGAAAAAGAUAAUGUUAGACUGUUUAUCUAAAGGAUUAAAUUCUCGCUGUAAAAUACGCUUGCCAGGAGGAGGGAGAAAAGGAAACAAAAAAAAAGCCCCGUGUGACCUUAAAAAUAAAUUAAAAAUACUUCUAUUUCUUUGUUCCAGCAGAAUAAAAUAAAAUAAAACCCCUAAUAUACCGCAGCGCUCCGCUGUGUCUAUCUGUAAUCUCG